ACUAAGACAAUAAUUGAUAAUAGUAAUUAUGUAUCUAUAACCUUUGUUUUGUCUUGCAUAUGGCAACAUCUCAACAAGGUCAGCCUGAUACAGAUCAUCAAGGCCUUCCACAGUGACUUUCCUUGUAGGAAAGUUCCUAUGAGCUGGCUUGUGCAGCUCUCUUGCUAUCACAGACUUAUUCAUACUGAAGGAAACCAUCCAGGUCACUGGCUUUAAAUACUUGUAUACUAUCUCAGAGGCAAAAGGAUGGAGAUUACAACUUUUUUUCCUGUUACAUAUUUCUAAACAGGAUACAUACUAUCUCAGGCAAAAGGAUGGAGAUUACAACUUUUUUCCUGUUACAUAUCUCUAAACAUGAUAUAUACUAUCUCAGAGGCAAAAGGAUGGAGAUUACAACUUUUUCCCUCUGCAAAUCUCUAAACAGGAUGCAUACUAUCUCAGAGGCAAAAGAUUGGAGAUUACAACUUUUUUCCUGUUACAUAUCUCUAAACAGGAUGCAUACUAUCUCAGAGGCAAAAGGAUGGAGAUUACAACUUUUUUCCUUCUGCAAAUCUCUAAACAGGAUGUACUGCAGCCAUACUGUCUUGACUGUGUGUCAUUUUGAUAGAAAUUAUCAUAAUCGGGUAACAAGUUCCUAUAACAAAGCUUGAUAUAUUCGAGAAGGAAAUUGAUAGGGGUCUCCUAACGAUAAAGUUGGCUUAUCCAAAAGGAAAUAUCCUACACAAUCCUGUUUUUGCAUGGUGGGGGAUACAAAUAUCAAUAAAUUUUGGCAAAUCUUCUUCAUUGUGCUUGAAGCUCUCACAAUGUUCACUAGUUAUGUUGCUGUUUACCAAGCUGGAAGAACUCCUGGAUAUGGAGCCCUCAUCCAUGGUUGCAUCUCCGCCCCCAGCUUCUCUGCCCCCGGCUGCGCCCUCGCCUCUGCUGGCUGCCCUGCCUCCAGCUACACUGGAGGCUCUGCUGGAGAUGCUGGUGGUGGCAGUUAAUGUUGAUAAUGACAUGCUUGCUGAGAUUAAUAGUGUGGGGUUGGAAGAGUGGUUGAGGCGGCAGGCAGCACCAACAGCCUCCCCACCACCGAUGCCUGCACCAGCUGCCUCCCCACCACUGAUGCCGGCACCAGCAGCAUCCCCACCACAGAUGCCGGCACCAGCAGCAUUCCCACCACCGAUGCUGGCACCAGCAGCAUCCCCACCACUGAUGCCGGCACCAGCAGCAUCCCCACCACUGAUGCCGGCACCAGCAGCAUCCCCACCACUGAUGCCGGCACCAGCAGCCCCCCUGACGCUGCUGGAGGGGGAUGGGGAUGAGGAGGAGGCACGAUUUGGAGUGGGGGAGUUUCACAGGUUGGGUUUGCCCAUCCAGAGGGGAGUUGAGAGGGAAAGUGGCUAUGGCCGAGGAUGGCCCUCUCAUGUGAUGUUGAACAGACAACGUAGGAGGGUCGUCUGCAGACUGAGGAUGAUAGUCCCCUUCCCCACAACUCCUGCUCGGUACAUGGGCUGUCAGGAGAUAUUAUCAAGAAUAUUCAAUCGAACCAGAUAAGUAUUCUUGCUAACACUCAUGAUAAUUGAGCAGGACCUGCUCAAUUAUGAGCCCCCCACUCCGGAGCAUUGGAGGUCUCUGGGAGUCUUUGGAAGGAUAGUGGAUAUGAUAAGAGUGGCAGCUCAACACGAGCUUAUCACCCCACUACUCCUGCGGGUGGACAGACGGCCAGCUCCAGAUCAGAUGAUUGGAGAUCUAGAGAUUCAUUAUCCAUUCAUUGAUCUAGAGCUGGCUAUGCUGAUCAUCCAGCAAGAGCAACACCAGAGACUUCAGGUGUGACGUACCUGUAUGGAAAGUAUUUUUGAAUUUUUAGAAAUGUGAGAAAAAUACUCUUCAUACAGGUAUGAAAUAUAUAUAUUCUACAUGUAUAUUCUAUACUCUAUAUUGUUCUGUAUUUA